GUACACACUCCAAGGCCUCUCCCCACUGCCCGGGCCGAGCACAUCCGGGUUGCUGAAGCAGGUGCCUCAGGCCCCGCCCCCUUUUGCCAGGCGCUAGCCCCACUUCCGGCCAUUUCAGGCCUUUUCCGCCAGUGCUGUGCCGGCUUUAUCUCUGCUCUGUAGGUCGUUCCCGGCCCCAGGCCCCGGUCUCUCGCGCCCUUCCCUCGCUCCCAGCGGCUCGUCGCUCCUCGCGAAUCUCUCCGUGGCCCGGAGCGACUCCCGUGCGUCUUCGCGGGCGGCCCGGACUGAGGCCUGCCGCUCGUGGUGAGUCCGCGCAGACGUGACCCCGAGUCUCCCCGCAGCUCGGUUGAGGCCGCCUCCGUCGCCUCGGGAUGCCGGGGCCGGGGUCCACGCAGCGCUGGGCGGCCGCCGCGGGCCGUUGGAGCUGCAGGCUGCUCGCGCUGCUGCUGCUGGUGCCGGGGCCCGGCGGCGCCUCCGAGAUCACCUUCGAGCUGCCGGACAAUGCCAAGCAGUGUUUCUACGAGGACAUCACGCAGGGCACCAAGUGCACCCUCGAGUUCCAGGUGAUUACUGGUGGACACUAUGAUGUAGACUGUCGAUUAGAAGAUCCUGAUGGUAACGUGUUAUACAAAGAGAUGAAGAAACAGUAUGAUAGUUUUACCUUCACCGCCUCCAAAAACGGGACAUACAAGUUUUGUUUCAGCAAUGAAUUUUCCACGUUCACACACAAAACCGUGUAUUUUGAUUUUCAAGUUGGAGAAGACCCGCCUUUGUUUCCUAGUGAGAACCGAGUCAGUGCCCUUACCCAGAUGGAAUCUGCCUGUGUUUCAAUUCAUGAAGCUCUAAAGUCUGUCAUCGACUAUCAGACUCAUUUCCGCUUGAGAGAAGCCCAAGGCCGAAGCCGAGCAGAAGAUCUAAAUACGAGAGUGGCCUAUUGGUCAGUAGGAGAAGCCCUCAUUCUUCUGGUGGUUAGCAUAGGGCAGGUAUUUCUUCUGAAAAGCUUUUUCUCAGAUAAAAGAACCACCACAACUCGUGUUGGAUCCGUCUCCUGGGGCAGCACUAUUCAGAACGCUGGUCUCGUAAUAGAAGAAGCAGCAGGCACUGAAGAUCCAUAUGCCUACUUACCAAAAACGCAUAUUCGUCAUUUUGCCCUUUUCACUGUACUCCUGUUUAAUGUGGAGGAUCCUUUUGGGACCCUCUUUUGCUGGGGACGAGGAAGCCCUCCUCUCCUGACCUGGAUGUUGAUAAUGGGUGUUGGGAAGUCUAAAAUAGACCCCUGCCCUCUCUCUCUGCCCUGGGGUAAAAGUCCCAGUGUGGAUAUGAGUCAGAGACCUCAUGAUGCAGAUUCCAAGAAAUCCAACGACAUCUCCCUGCGUGACAUUGCCGAGCGUAGCCACGGUGCCCUGACGCCCUCUGGAGAGCGGGAGGGCACUGAGGCCGCAGAAGAGGUGCCCGAAGAGGAUGAAGAGGAGGUGUUCCUCAAGUUUGUGAUACUGCACGCAGAAGAUGACACAGACGAGGCCCUCAGAGUCCAGAAUCUGCUACAAAAUGACUUCGGCAUCAAACCCGGAAUAAUCUUCGCCGAGAUGCCGUGCGGCAGACAGCACCUGCAGAACCUAGACGACGCUGUAAACGGGUCUGCCUGGACCAUCUUACUGUUGACCGAAAACUUUUUAAGAGACACCUGGUGUAAAUUCCAGUUCUACACGUCCCUCAUGAACUCCGUGAACAGGCAGCACAAGUACAACUCCGUCAUACCCCUGCGGCCCCUGAAUAAUCCCCUGCCCCGAGAAAGGACUCCCUUUGCUCUGCGAACCAUCAAUGCCCUAGAGGAAGAAAGCCGUGGCUUUCCUACACAAGUGGAAAGAAUUUUCCAGGAGUCUGUGUAUAAGAUACAACAAUCUAUAUGGAAAGAGACCAGAACUACCCUGCAGAGGCAUUCGAUCGCCUGAGAUGGAGCUCCCCACCCAUGGCUGGCUCUUGUUUUCUAGAGCAAAUGAUUAGCCUUCCCUUGAGAAAGCACAUCCCUGGCAAGAAUUUAAAUAAAAGAGAACCUGGCUCUUCCAGAAACCUAGGAGCACCAAGAAAGCCAAGUUUAUGCAGGACCCUGUGCAGACUUGAGGUCCUUUGCGAUGUUGUUUCGAUAAACCAGAGAUCGUCAGAGUUUUAAGAACAUUCCUGUCGCGGUUCUCCUAGUUCAUGAACAUCACAGAGGAUUAUCCUUAAUUCACAUUCCUUGCAGCAACCCUUGAACCCAAACUUACAGGGUAGACACUGUAAAAAUACGGUAACGCCUGCAUUUUGUUCUCCAAGGACACGCAGAAGAAGACGCCUCCGGGAGAUGUGAGCACCCUCACUCUUGAGGCACCUCUCAGAAAUGUUGCAGCCCAGCCUUACUGGUAUCACCACCCAGAAGGAUAGAGAGCCCCUUGAGAACAUUUAGAAUGUUGAGUCGUGAUAAAUAGGAAAUUAAAAGCAGAUAUGAGAACGGUGGGGCUUUUUAAAAGAAUCCAAUCGAAUGUAUUUUUUCUUUCUGCUGGAAUUUGUGUAUUUGGACACAGUGCCUACCACUGACUAGUAACGCCAUUCGAUGGCAUCCUGGUUGGGGACUCCAGGGAGCCGUGUCUCCAUGUCCCCUGGAGUGUCUUCUGCCAGAUUUUCUCCUUAAUCUCUCUUAAGGCAGCCUUUAAAAAUUCCUGUUGGGGAGCCUGGGUGGCUCAGUCGGUUGAACGUCCGACUUCGGCUCAGGUCAUGAUCUCAUGGUUUGUGGGUUGAGCCCCGUGUGCUGACAGCACAGAGCCUACUUCGGAUACGCUGUCUGUCUGUCUCUCUCCCUCUGCCCUUCCCCUGCUCGUGCUGUCUCUCUCUCAAAAAUAAAUAAACAUUAAAAAUAAUUAAAAAAGAAAUUCCUAUCACAGUGCUCUACCCAGGAAGUAUUUCUCAGCUGGGUGUUCAGAGUAGCCAUCUGAACAAGAGCCAUCGGGUACAGACUGGGGACAGGGUGGAGUGCGAAUCACGUCAUGUCGUAACGGGGAAGGCACCCCACCUGAUUCUAGUCCAGUCUCUGCCACUGAGGCCGAAUGUGACCUUACCCUCCUUUAUCUGUGAAAUGAAAGCGUUGAAUUGAUGGUUCUCUAAAGGCCUUUGUCCUCUCCUAGAAUGUGAACAACUAGGAACCAGAAAAGCGAACAAGCAAAAAAAACCCAAAAAAACAAAAAAACCAACAACACAAUUUUGUAAUGCGAUGUGUAAUAAUUUGCAGGAGACUUUAGAUACACUUACAGUGAAAGGCUAUUCUGAUGUGUUGACGGCAUAAUUGAUUUCUCAUGCUAUCUGUUAACACUUUUAUGGUCGCCAAAGAAUGACAAUCCACGCUUGCUCAGAUUCUUUUAAAAUACAUUUUUUAUGGGGACCGUUGAGCAAAGACAUUCUGCUUGAUUUUUCUUUCUCCUGAUCCUCACUUCCCUGUAUCUCUUAUGAGUACAAGGGGUCUGCCCACAUCUUUCUGUUUCCGCCUCUUCGUAGCCAUGACUGAAUGUUCCAUGAGGAGCUUUUCCCAUAAUCCUGCAAGGAAGUCAAACCUGCUUUGCUAGUACUUAUUGAAGAAGAGAUUGUCUUCAUUGCACGGUGAUGUUUUCUUUACUUGAGGCCCCUUUCUUUCAUAGUAGCUUGCUUACUCACUUUUUCAGUUUAAUUAUAUAUAUAUAUAUAUAUAUAUAUAUAUAUAUAUAUAUAUAUACAUGUAUAUAUAAAAUGCAUAUAUAUAUGGAUUUUUAACCAUGCAGCCUCGUGUAUCACCGAUUUCAUCCACUAAAAAAACAUUAACCACCUACCCUUCAUGCUUAUUACCAAAGUUGGAGCUCCUGAUGCUGGAUGGCGUUUUUUAAAUAAAUGCUUUUAUUUUUUA